AGCGUAGCUGGAAAACGUAGUAAAAGUUUUAUCAACAGACGCCAUAUUGGAUGUUUUAAAGUUAGAAAUUUUAAGGCAUGUACUUCAGUUUUUUACACACGUUAAGCAUUUUUGCGGGUAGCUAUUCCAAUAUAUUUAGAAGAUGGUAAUCUGUAAAACCGAUUCAGGUCUAUAGCGGUCACUUUAUACCAUGUGGUUUUCAUCUAAAAGGACCUAAUGUUGUUACAACUGAACUAAGGAUUGUUGUCCGGUGUGUUACCGCGAAGUUUUGAUGGAGGGUUCGUAUUAAGAUUAAGAUGCCGUAGAGCGAGAAGAUGAUGACAUAUUGUGUGAAUUCUCAGCGCGAAGAUGAAAGUAAUUGUGUGUUACUUUGCGGUUUUGUUUAUCGAAAUUGGGUAAGACAGGACACUUUGAAAAACUUUAAAGUAAAGUCUUGAUAUCUAAUAGAUAUUUAUGCUUCUUAGAGCAUAGGGCUGUAUCAAACAACAUGGCUGACCAUCUUGUGGACGGACCUCCGAGUAAACGGCAGAAACUUACCGAGUCGACGCUGUCAACUCCAGAUUCUGCAGAUUACAAUAUUGUCAAACUUUGGGAUAUUGAAAAUGAACUUCCAGAAGAGUUGAAGUCUGAAAUAAGCUCUCAGCAUUUGCAGACUAUUUCUUUAUCUGGUCAGAGUAUGCAGAAUGGUGCAGUGGACUCUUCAUGUAGUCAAGUUGAAGGUGGUGAAGGAAACAGUAUUGUUGCUCAACGGCAUCAACAGCUUUCACAGCUCUUGCAGAUUAAAGCCAGCCAACCUCAGAAUACCAUAAGUAAUCUUCAGAGUCUUGGUGGCAUACCUGCCAACCAGACCAUUCCAAAUCCAGGUGUAUCUUUACAUAAUGUUAAUAUGAACAGUUUGAAAAGUCCUCAUACAAGUAAUCUUUCUUCAAUUUCUAAUGUAACUGCCAGUAAAAUGGGAACAAAUGUUUCUAGUGCCCCUCACUGUAUAAUUGAAAGUAGUGACAGUAUGACAAGCAAAGCUAAUAGUUUGGUAAAUAGUAGUCUAAAUAGUGCAUCCAAUGCUGUUGGAACUGUUAAUUUGGUUGGAAGUGUAUCUUUAGGUGAAGCAGCAUCAUUAGUUUCACAGGGCAAGUUACUUACCACUGUAACUGCUACUAGCUCUACUGUCACCUUGCCUCUGCAAGCACAACAAACUUCUCAGCCAGGAUUUCCACAGGCUCAGCAGUUGGUUAUGGGCACUACCAGCAUCAUGAAUGGCCCACAUAUCUCGAUAAAUAGCCCAGGUACUGCAAGAAUUUCAAGAAAUGUUGCUUCUCCUAAUGUAGUGCAAACAGCAAGUCAUGGUAAUAUUUUGGCAAAUGUUGGUCCACAAUACUCAGCCCAGCAGAAUUCUUUAGGCCAUGCUCGUGGAAAUGCAUCUAAUAUAACCACAGUGAUGAAGGUUGGACAGCCACAACUACAAGCAGUAGUGUCUGGAAAUAUAACUGGUUCUCAAGCUUCAUCACAGGAAUCUACUACAAAUACUCUUUCUACUCCCACAACCACAACUGGAAAUGUUGCUCCUCAGGGUGGAACAGGAACUAAUACUACUGAUCCAGAAAAGCGAAAACUGAUACAGCAGCAGUUAGUUUUACUUCUUCAUGCUCAUAAGUGUCAAAGGCGUGAAAGUCAAGCUAAUGGUGAAGUACAUCAGUGUUCUCUUCCUCAUUGUCGAACCAUGAAGAAUGUAUUGAAUCAUAUGACAACUUGUCAAGCUGGAAAAACUUGCCCUGUUCCCCACUGUGCAUCAUCUAGACAGAUUAUUUCUCAUUGGAAGAACUGUACUAGAAAUGAUUGUCCUGUAUGUUUACCAUUGAAGCAAGCUUCAGACAGAAAGCAACAACAAGCUGCUGGUACUGCUGUUCAACCAAAUCAACCAAAUCUGGGUCCAGCACCUGCUGAUAUGCAACGUGCAUAUGCUGCCUUGGGAUUACCUUAUAAUGACAGUGGACAUACUAAUUUUGGCCAAGGAUUACGCUUACCUCUUCCAAGGAAUGAUUUGCAAAGUUUUGGAGCUUUAGCACCAAAUCAACAACAGCAUGGACAGUCCCAGGAAAAUCAGCUAAGGACAGCUACACCAGGUUCAGCCACCCAGGGACCUCAGACUUUCAUUACAACUGAUGGUUCUCAAUUAAAUAUUGCGGGCAAUAAUGUAUUGUCAAGUGGGAUAGUAUCCCCUACUAGUACACUUUCAGGAGAUAUAGUCAGUCAAAUAUCAACUGUUGUACAAGCUGCUAUGCCACAUCCUUCUUCUGGACCAAAAAAUUGGCACCAAUCUGUAACUCCAAAUUUAAGACAUCAUUUGGUCCAGAAAAUAGUACAAGCAAUAUUUCCAACUCCUGAUCCUUCAGCUCUUCAGGACAAGAGGAUGAUUAAUCUAGUCGCCUAUGCUAGAACUGUAGAAGGUGUAAUGUAUGAAAAAGCAAAUAGUAGAGAAGAAUAUUAUCAUCUUUUAGCAGAAAAAAUCUAUAAAAUUCAAAAAGAAUUAGAAGAAAAAAGGCAAAAAAGAAAAGAACAGCAACAACAAGACCCAAUUCGACAGACACAACAAAUUUCAAGUAGUAUUGGAGCUUUAUCUGUUACUCAACUUAGGGCAUCGUCAGCUGGUUCCGGUACAGCUAUAGUGUCACAACCUCACAGGCCUGUCGUGGGCCUGCAAAAUUCACAACAGAGAAUGCCUCCUCCAAAUAUUACUAUUCCUGGACCUAGGAGUGAGUUUUUUCCAAGCUCUGCAGGAGUGCAUAUAAACCAGAAUCAGACAAACUUAAACAUUUCCAAUUCAGGACUUUCUGCUAUUACAUCAGUUGGUAUUCAUCUUUCUAAGCCUAACAGCAGUGUAGCAAGCAUAGUAACUACAGUGAGUACUUCUUCAUUUGAUCUUGUGAUGACAACUUCCUCCAGUAUUUCUGCUGUUCCUGUGAGCUCUCAGUAUGUGUUAUCCAGUGUUGGACCCCAUCAAGGACACACUCAGUUUACAGAAAAGAUUAAAUCAAGACAAGUUACAAUGCAGCAGACACGAGUUCCUGUUUCAACAUCUCAGACACCUGUAACUGUCUCUUCAAUUAGUGGACUCAACUCUCCCGUACCUGUUAUGCAUUUAACACAACUGCAACCUUCUGGAAGUCCAGUGGCUGGUAAGCCUCAAACUUUACCACCUUCACAAAUAUCGCCUCAUCCUAUACCCCAUUCUGUUCCUCUUCCUCAUUCAUCAACACCUCAACCUGAGUCGCAGCAAACACCAAUACAGCAGCCCCCUAGAGCAGCAUCAGUACCAGGAACUACAGGAAAUUCUCCCCAGACUCCUUGUACUUCUCAUAAUGUGUUAGAAGAUCAGUUACAGAGGAUAUCGACAAACCAUCACCAAAAUCUUCAGAUCUCAGAAAAGGCAUUAUCUAAUCUAACCAAAAUCGACUCUCAGCCAUCAAACCUAGACAGUACUACUGAGGAAGUUCUGUUUUCAUCUGUAUCAAAAGACACAUUGAAAAGUAUUGGUGGUGCUACUGUGCAAGUUCCUACUUCUUCAGUUACUUUAACAUCUUCAUUUGUUUCCACUGUUACUACUGUUACACCAUCAGCUACUGUAUCAGAAACAUCUGCUUGGGAUCUUGAUAAAGUUAUGGACAGUACAGGUAUCAAUAAAGUUGCAGAAAAUACGGUUAUUAAAACAGAAAUAGAAUCUACAGAUAUAAAACAUGAAGGGAAAGAUGAAAUAAAAAAAGAAAUACCAGAUGAAAAUAUUACACAAAAAUUUACUUCUUUUGGUACGUGUGCCAAGGAAGAAUUAACAUCAGGAAAACGUGAUUCUUUAGUUUCCCAAUCCAGUACAACUUCAGAAUCAGCUUGUGAUACUGAUGUUAAAAGUGAAUUAUUGGAAGCAGGUUCUCAUCCACCACCAAAGCCAAAGCCAAAUAAAAAAAUUUUUAAACCUGAUGAAUUGCGACAAGCAUUAAUGCCUACAUUGGAGAAGCUAUACAGACAGGAUCCAGAGUCACUUCCUUUCAGACAACCAGUAGAUCCUCAGCUUCUACAAAUACCUGAUUACUUUGAUAUAGUAAAAAGGCCCAUGGACUUAUCUAGUAUAAAAAGAAAACUUGACACUGGACAGUAUCAAGAUCCUUGGCAAUAUGUGGAAGAUGUGUGGUUGAUGUUUGAUAAUGCAUGGCUGUACAAUAGAAAAACUUCUCGAGUCUAUCGAUAUUGUACUAAGCUAGCAGAGGUGUUUGAACAAGAGAUAGAUCCAGUUAUGCAGUCACUUGGAUAUUGCUGUGGUAGAAAAUUUGUUUUUCACCCACAAGUGCUUUGUUGUUAUGGAAAACAACUUUGUACAAUACCUAGAGAUGUGAAAUAUUGGAGCUUUCAGAACAGAUACACCUACUGCCAACGAUGUUUUUCAGAAAUACAGGGUGACACUGUCACUCUUGGAGAUGAUCCUACAGCACCACAAACAAUGAUAAGAAAAGAUCAGUUUGUUGAAAUGAAGAAUGACCAUCUGGAAUUAGAGCCAUUUGUUGAAUGUAUUGAGUGUGGAAGAAAACUUCAUCAGAUUUGCGUAUUGCAUUUAGAAAAUAUUUGGCCUGAGGGCUUUACCUGUGAUAACUGCUUGAAAGCCAAAGGGAAGAAGAGGAAAGAAAAUAAAUUUUCAGCCAAAAGGUUUCCACAAACUAAACUAGGAAAUUACAUAGAAAACAGAGUUAAUCAUUUUAUUAAAAAGAAAGAAUUUGGUGCUGGAGAAGUGACUGUUAGAGUCGUUGCAAGUGGAGAUAAGAUAGUUGAAGUGAAACCUGGAAUGAGAAGUCGAUUUGUGGAGACUGGACAGAUGACUGAACAGUUUCCGUACAGAGGAAAAGCUCUAUUUGCUUUUGAAGAGAUUGAUGGAACAGAUGUUUGUUUCUUUGGAAUGCAUGUACAAGAGUAUGGCUCAGAGUGUCCCAUGCCAAAUACCAGGCGUGUUUAUAUAGCUUACCUUGAUAGUGUUCAUUUCUUCAAACCCAAGCAGUACAGAACAGCUGUGUACCAUGAAAUACUUCUUGGAUAUUUGGAGUACGUCAAACAGUUGGGAUACACGAUGGCCCAUAUCUGGGCCUGUCCACCAAGUGAAGGAGAUGAUUACAUAUUCCAUUGUCAUCCAGCUGAACAAAAAAUUCCAAAACCAAAGAGAUUACAAGACUGGUAUAAAAAGAUGUUGGAUAAAGGUAUAAUUGAAAGAACAGUCCUUGACUACAAGGAUAUUUUAAAGCAAGCAACAGAAGACAACUUAAGUAGUGCAGUGGAGCUUCCAUACUUUGAGGGAGAUUUUUGGCCUAAUGUGAUAGAAGAAAGCAUUAAGGAACUAGAUCAAGAAGAAGAGGAAAAGCGCAAAGCUGCAGAAGCCUCAGCUGCAGCAGCUGCUGCUGCAUCUGAGGGCUUUGUUGAGACUGAAACAGAAGGAGACCCAACUAGCCAGGGUAAAAAAAAAGGUCAGAAGAGUAACCGAAACAAGAAAGCCAGCAAAAGCAAAAACAAUCAGAGGAAAAACACAAAGAAGUCUAAUGUUCCUAAUAUUGGCAAUGACUUAACUGCUAAGAUUUACUCCACAAUGGAGAAGCACAAAGAGAUGUUUUUUGUGAUACGUCUUCACUCGGUACAGGCAGCUGCUAAUCUACCUCCAACCCAGGACCUAGAUCCUCUUAUAAACUGUGAUUUGAUGGAUGGUAGAGAUACCUUUCUUACAAUAGCUAGAGAAAAGCAUUAUGAAUUUUCAUCUCUUCGUCGCUGCAAAUUUUCAACUAUGGCAAUGAUGUAUGAACUUCAUAAUCAAGGGCAGGAUCGUUUUGUAUAUACAUGUAAUAACUGCAAGACACAUGUUGAGACAAGAUACCACUGUACAGUUUGUGAUGAUUUUGACUUGUGUGUUACCUGCUUUGAUAAAGAUGGUCAUCCUCAUAAAAUGGAAAAACUUGGGUUUGAUUUGGAUGAUGGUUCGACUCCCACUGAUCAGAAACAGACUACACCUCAGGAAUCAAGAAGACUGUCUAUUCAAAGGUGUAAUCAGUCACUGGUUCAUGCCUGCCAGUGCAGAGAUGCCAAUUGCCGGUUGCCUAGUUGUCAAAAGAUGAAGCGAGUUGUCCAGCAUGCUAAAAUGUGCAAGCGAAAGACAAAUGGUGGCUGUCCCAUCUGCAAGCAACUCAUUGCUUUAUGCUGUUAUCAUGCAAAACAUUGCCAGGAAGCCAAGUGUCCUGUACCAUUCUGCUUAAACAUCAAGCACAAACUUCGACAGCAGCAACUUCAACAGAGGGUACAACAAGCUCAAAUAUUACGAAGACGUAUUGCCAGUAUGGCAACCAUGCAGAACCGAGGGAUGCCAAGUCAACUCCCCCAGCCUAGUCCAGGAGGCCCCACUACACCAAGCCAGACAUCUCCAGUUUCUCAGCCACGCUCAUCUCCACAACAUUCACAGCCUGGGAUUGGUGUGAAACCCACUACCUCUGGUCCACCAGUUGGUGCACUUCAAGCCGUCCAGGCUGUCCAAGCAGCAGCUGCCAGACAACAGGCUCCUCAUAUUGUUGCUGCAGGAGGCUAUGGAAAAGUCAGUCCUGUAGUUAACACUGCAACUUGUGGGACAGGAUUAUUACUUUCCAGUCAAGUUCAACAACCAAUCCAGAAACCUAUUGGACAGAUGGUGUCUUCCAUGGGAAACAGAGUUACCAAUAUGGGAGCAAUAAAACAUUGGGAUGGAAACAGUCACAAUCAACAAGGACCUGUCUCAUUUCAAUCACAACAGGCUCCUCAGCCAGAACAGCUUGGUCUUCAUCAGACUGGUCAGAUGUUGGUUCCUGGCUCUGGAGUCUCCACCACUAUAGGUCCUUCUCAAGGUGCUGGUGGCCAAGGUUCUGGAAUUCAAAGGCCUGCUCAAUUACCCCAAGGUUUACCUCAGUUGUUACAGAUGUUGAAAUCUCCAACUUCUCCUCAGCAGCAACAACAAGUUUUGCAAAUUUUAAAAACUAAUCCACAGUUGAUGGCUUACUUUAUCAAACAGAGAACUGCCCAACAACAAGCUCAAAAACAACAACAGCAGCAACAACAAAUGAUGGUUACCAGCCAGGGAAAUAUAGUUGGUACUCCCCAACCAGUACCACCAGGCCAACUGACACAACAGCAACAACAACAGUGGUUUCAGAAACAGCAAGUACUAGCAAUGCAGCGAAAACAGCAACAACAUGGUCAGUUUUCGCAACCCCAGGCUGCUUUGUAUGCCCAGUGUCAACGCCCAUCCCAUCCAAUAAAUUUCAAUACACAUCAACAGAACUUUCAACCUGAUAAUGCAGGACAGUUUACACAGUAUCAGCAGCAGCAGCAAAUAAUAAUGCAGCCUCAACAAGUUCAACAGUUAAAACAACAUAUAACUUCACCAAAUCAUCCCCCUUUAAGCCCACAGCAAGGACUAAUGGGACAUCCUCAACCAUCACAGCAGUUAAUGCAAACUGGACGAUCACCUCCAACUACUACUACUCAGCUAGUACAGACUGUGAGGUCCCCUCAGUCAGCUGCCUCACCAAGAGGUCAACCCACAACACAAACUCAUCCUAUACCUUCCCCUCGACAACAGCUAGUACAUUCUCCACAUUAUCCAGCACAAACACAUUCCCCUCAUCCUGGUCUCUCUCUGACUAGUGGCACACCUGGACGUGAUCAUAUGACAUCCAACAAUGACAUGAUGCUUACCCAACUCUCCAAGCCUGUUUCAACCCACACAACUUUAACUGGACAACUACAAAUUCCUGCAAGUCAAGAUCCAGGGCUCUCAAGGGAUGAAUCUGACAUAACUCAGUUGACACCACAGGAGCAACUUAGUAAUUAUGCAGAUAAUUUGUAGUUAUUUUGCCCUAAAAGUUAUUAUAUGUGAUGAUAUUAAAACUCUAGCCAUAAAGUUGAUAGAACAAAGACUGUCUUGGCAGUUUUAGUGUUUUGUUAUUGUAAUUUUUUUACCUGAUGUGUUAAACUGCCAUGUAGGACAAUGAUGUAGCAUGUAAUUUUUUUUUCUACAGAAAUAAGCCUUAUAUACCCAUACUGUGUUAAUAAUACAGUCUUUUGUAUAGUUUCAACAUGAGUUUAAUAUAACAUUGCUACUAUCUCAUUGAAAAUAAGCUUUCCAAGUACUUUGUUCUGCUUUUAACUUUAAGGUGGUAGCUGUCUGUUUCACUUGAAGCUACUCAAGUAUUAACAGAUAGUUUUUCAGUUGUCUAAUGACUUGAUAAUCCCAAUCAUGCCUUGUGUUAAUAAAAUAGAAAUUCUCACUUUGAUGUGUUAACCAUAUUGUGUUGAAGCACACAACCUUCCUUUUUGUUUUUGAACACCUAGAAGUGGAAGAAGUGAAAAAACUAUUGAAUUUUUAGAACAAGAUAAGUAAAAUGAACUUUCUUGAGGAUGUUAGACAUAGUUUUCUAAAAAAACAUUUUUUCUACAUGGCAAUAUAGUAACAUUCCAAGAGUUAAGAAAAGCAGCAUUUUACUCUGAUUUGGAAAUCAUUAUUGAACAUGUUGCUACUGAAAGAACAUAUUCAUCUUGUUGGUACAAAGCUAAGCUGCCUUUCUUUCAUAUAAGUUCUUGUGCUUUGAAAAAUAAAAAUGGUGAGCAGUGCAUAAUGAGAAGUUCCAAGUGGUCCAAAGAACCUCACCUUGGCACUUCUCAAUGAGAUGAAUGGAAACUUCUGCCCUCUGGUGGGUACCUACCAGUGAAGAUUAGUGCUAUAUAAGGUGUUUAUGGUGAAGGUGAUGUGUAAAUUGAUUAGACUUGCAUAAGAUUUUUCUGGUGAGCAUAAAUUUUAUAUUGUGUUUGUUUUUCAAAUGUAGUGUCUCAUUUGUGACACGGCAUAUGUAUUUAUGUGUCUGUACAUUGAUUCUUCUAGGUUUAAAAAUGAUCUAAAACAGUAUUGUAUAUAAUGUACACAUUUUAAGUGGCCCAGUUUAAAUAAAACUAGAAUGGCUAUAAACCUGAAAUAACUAUUGUCAAGUUGAGUAUCUUUUUCUUCAGAUGCUUCAGUAAAGUGAUCCUACUAAUACUAUAAUUACUUUAUAGAAUUAUUAAAAUUGUAAGCCUUAACAUAAGAAAUUUUUAUAUUGAUAACUUAUAGUUU